CCAUUACUUCAGGUGGAUCUGCAGUGUAUAAGCCGCCUUUUGUAGAUUAGUCUAUUGUAUUGAGAGACUAAUCAGACAUAGACAAUGCUUUAAAUUGGUUGAGUUGAUCAUUGAGGGUCCACCUUUCCAGCAAUGGAAAAUUAUCCCGUUCCUGGACUAUCUAUAGUCCAGGAACGGGAUAAAUGGAAAACAUCUACAUUGUUUUCGUUUCAUGAUUACGCGCCAAAUUUUACAUUUAGAGGCGAUCCAAUCAGCUUGGAAAUGACAAGUUUACCAGUCGGCUGGGAGGAAAAAAUUAGUAAUUCCACUGGAAAAAAAUACUACUUCAACACCAGCACUAAAGAGUCCCAGUGGGAACCACCAAUGGCAGGAGAAAAAGUUCGCUGUUCCCAUAUUCUUGUGAAACAUAAAGAUUCACGCAGACCAUCCUCAUGGCGGGAAGAAACAAUAACUAUAACAAAAGAAGAGGCCCUUGAAAAACUUACAGGACUGUUUGAAAGGAUUAAGUCUGGGGAGUCUCAGUUUGACGAAAUUGCACAAGUUGAGAGUGACUGUAGCUCAGCAAAGCGAGGUGGAGAUCUAGGAUUUUUCGGUAGAGGGCAGAUGCAAAAGCCGUUUGAGGAUGCAGGAUUCUCUUUAGGAGUUGGAGAGAUGAAAUGUCCUGUUUCGACAGAUUCAGGAGUGCACAUUGUCAAGAGAUUAGAAUAAAUGGUACUCAUCAAUCAUACAAAUAUUUACUAACUUCAAGGAAAUCAUGGACCUAGCCUUAUUUAAGAUUUAUUUUACAAUGGAACCACAGAGCAUUCUCUACAUCACUAAACUUGUACUUAAGAGUUUGUCCAAGAAAGAAGAUACACUAUAUUGGGGCAGUUAUCAUAACCAUAUGAACUAUACGCUUAGAAGGACAUUCUCAACAGAGUGUGAAGUUAACAUACCAUAUUCUAUCUAAUGAGCACAGUGAAGUUUCCAAAUUGAAAUUUUUAAAAGGAUAAGAUACUGAGAGAUUCUAUUAAGUGCACAUACAAUAUAUUUAGAUAACAGCAACACCAACUAGUCGAAGUAUCAUAAGACACUAUGCCAUGCUCAUGUGUAUUCACAUAUCAAAUAUGAACAAAAUCACUCUAUUACUUUUUGAGUUAUCGUAAAAAGUAAAAUAACACACAUUUGCCUUCUAGCCAAACUGUCAUGAUAAAACAGUGUGCCAUGCUUAUGAGUAUACAUGUAUCAAAUUGUUGUGUAAAUAAUCGAAACUAAUGCAUUAAACCUUUGUGCUUUCUUGAGACCAUAUUCCACAUAAAAGUCGCAUGUGCAUUCAUUGGAAUAGUCAUGUGUGCUCAUUAGAAAGAAUACAAUAACAAUUUUGCCAAAUCUAUUCAUGUUUGUGCAAGGCAUAUUGAAAUUUUCAACAGGGAGCUUAAUAAAUGCAGGUCAUCCCUGAUACUAGUAUCUUGUACAAAGGAUAUAAAACAAACAAGAGACCUAUUUGAACAAGAAGUCAUUGUUGUGUUUAAUAAUCCAUUUUACUUUGAAAUCAUAGACUUUAGAGUACAUUAAAAUAUUCUGGACAUAGCAAUUUUCUCUGACCGGUCAUUUGUUUAGUAACAAGGUAGAUAUCAUUAGUUUUGCAAUUUAGUUUUGUAUUGUUCUAUUCAUAAAUGUAAAUUGGUUCUAUUUCAUUGAGUGUCUCUAUUAAAAAAAAUAGAUAUUUCUAAGAAUAUGUAAGCUAUAAUGCUAUUGUAUAGUAUAUAUUUUGUUGUAUUUUUACAGUAUCACACGCAUAUUUUCUAAUGCAAUACAAAU